CCCUCCCUAAGCUUCCGUGUUUAUCCUGCGAAGGGUUUCUGGGCUCCCUCUUAGACUCUCCUGAUGUAAUACAUGCUUCUAGAAACUUCUUUCUUCCCAGAAAAUCAGGAAAUCCUCCUACCAGGGAGACCGGGGUCCUAGUGACCUGGUGAAUCCUCGAAUCUCCUUGUGUGGCUCCUGCCUUCUUUACGAUUCACGUCCACUGGCCUGAGGCUACAGAUGGCCACUUCAUCUCACAGAGGAGCAGCUGGAGGAAGCCAGGUGGAGCGCACAAGCUGUGAGACAUCGAUAGGACAGGGGGAAGGACCAAGCACCAGCCGGGACCAGGAGGAUAACUUCACGCGGAGCCAGGGAACAUCCACACUGCGGCUCCUGAUGUUAGGGAAACACGGCGCAGGCAAAAGCGCCACAGCAAACACCAUUCUGGGUAAGGCCGUGUUCGAGUCCAAGUUCAGUGAUCACGUGGUCACCACCCAGUGCCAGAGUGAGAGUGUGUCCCUGAAAGGGGAGCAGCGGGUCAUUGUCAUCGACACCCCGGAUCUUUUCUCCUCCCUGGCCUGUGAGGAGGUCAGGCAGCGAAGCCUGAAGCAGUGCUUGGAGCUGCUGGCGGCUGAUGGACUCCAAGUGCUGCUCCUGGUCACUCCCAUUGGCCACUAUACAGAGGAGGACAGGGACACCAUUGAGGGCAUUCAGGGUGUGUUUGGCCCCAACGCCUACCGUCACAUGAUCGUGGUCUUCACCCGGGAAGAUGAGCUGGGUGAAGACUCGCUGAAGGACUACAUCGUAAGCAAGAGCUCUCUUAAGGCAUUGCUUGAAAACAUUGGAGGGCGAUACUGUGCUUUCAACAACAAGGCAGCCAAGGAGCAGCGGGAACAGCAGGUGUUCCGGCUCCUCGAUAUGAUUAAGCAGUUGAUGGUGGAAAGCCCGGGCCAUCUUGUGCCCUUGAAAGUGGAAGACAAUGGAGUCCAGGGCUGUGGGAGUCGAGCUCCAUAUGAGGAAGGAGACAAUCUGUGUGGUCCAGAGAAGAAACAGCCUCAUAUUACAGGACCUGAUCAGGACGUAGAGAUGCCAGAACUGAGAGUCCUCCUCAUGGGGAAGCGUGGUGUUGGGAAAAGUGCAGCAGGAAACAGCAUUCUGGGGAAGCGGCCCUUUAAGACUCAACUCAGCGAUCAGGGGGUCACCAAGGACUUUACAUGCCACAGCAGGGUCUGGAACAGGAAGAAAGUUCUGGUCAUUGAUUCUCCAGAGAUCUCAUCAUGGAGUCCUGAUGCAGCUGAUAUCAAGAAGCACACCUUUCCAGGUCCCCAUGCCCUCCUGCUGGUGACACCACUGAACUCUUUGAUAAAGAGUGAUGACAAAAUGUUCAGCCAGGUCAAACGCAUCUUUGGAGAAAAAUUCACCAAGUUCACAAUUAUUCUCUUUACCAGAAAAGAAGAUUUGGAGGGUCAGGAUCUAGAAGAAUUUAUAGAGAAAAAUAGUGAUCUCCACAAUCUCACCGUGAAAUUUGGAAAAAGAUACACGGCUUUCAACUACCGGGCAACCGGGGAGGAGGAGCAGAGGCAGGUGGACAAACUCCUGGGCCAAGUGGAGAGCAUGGUGCAGCACAACAGCAACAGCCCCUGCAUCUUCCGAGAGAAAGAACUCUUAAACAUCAUCCUCGUAGGAAGGAGUGGGACCGGAAAGAGUGCAACUGGGAACACGAUCUUGGGGAGACCUGCCUUCCUAUCUCAACUCGGAGCUCAGCCUGUCACCAGUAGAAGCCAGAGUGGUAGGAGGACAGUGGACUGGCAGGAUAUUGUGGUUGUGGACACUCCAUCAUUUAGCCAGUUGCCUGAGAUUCAAAAGGACCCUUCCAGGAUAGAGGAGGAGGUCAAAUACUGUUUGUCUCUCUGUGAAGAAGGAAUGAAGGUUUUCGUCCUGGUAGUCCAGCUGGGUCGGUUCACCCACGAAGAUGAGGCAGCAGUGGAGCAACUGGAGGCCAUUUUUAAGGAAAAAAUUAUGAUUGUGCUGUUUACACGGAAGGAGGAUCUAGGGGAUGGGAACAUUCGUGACUAUACUAAUAAUACAAAGAACAAAGCCCUUAAAAGAAUACUUAAAAAGUGUAAGGGGCAAAUUUGUGCUUUUAAUAACAAAGAAACUGGUCAAGGCAGGGAGACCCAGGUGAAAGAUCUGUUAACAAUAGCCAAUAAUCUCAGACAGAACUAUGGUGAGCAUUCAUAUUCAAGGGUGGUUUUGGACCAGUUUAAAACAGUAGGCCAACAAAUUUCUAGACUUUUUUAAAAUAAUGAGCUCAAGUGAGCAAUUAAAAGGUCUGGGGACACAGGGAUGCCAUCAGACAGAGGUGGGUGGGAUGAGGGAUGCCAUCAGACAGAGGUGGGUGGGAUGAGGGAUGCCAUCAGACAGAGGUGGGUGGGAUGAGGGAUGCCAUCAGACAGAGGUGGGUGGGAUGAGGGAUGGCAUGACUGGAGGGGUGGUUCCCCUCAAAGAAAGUUCAUGACUUUGAAGGUUGAGGGAUAAACGCAUCUCAUGUUGGAUGUAGGUAUUCAGAUGAAUAAAUUGUCAAGUUAGGCCAGGCAGUAGGGAAUUAGAGGACCAAGAGAAUACAGUAGAGAAUAUGGGAAAUGUUUUGAAAAUCAGGAUGAUACGAAGGGUCAAAACCAUUUCAGCAGUGUAGGUUGAACAGAGUCAGGACUGACACCAUGACCAAGGCUCAGGUUAACACUGAGCCCCAAGAACCCUGAGAACGGAUCCACACACAGGGACAAGCCCAGCAUUCUUGGGCAUGGCAGAAAGUGGAUGUGAGCAUCAGCAUUCCAACUUCAUUCUGUCUUUGUGCCCAGCCUCACUGGUGUGUGCCACUUAUUCAUGGUGUUCUGUGCAUGGCUGUGAAGAUCUACUGGAAGUUGCUUGAGGUGGAUAGCGUGUGAGAUGAACAAUAUGAAACCUUCUGCAAGGUGUAUUAAGGGUCAGGCAUUUUAAAUAUCGGCUACUUUAAUAUGUACCUUGAGAAUAUAUAUGUGUGUGUGUGUGUGUGUGUGUGUGUGUGUGUGUGUGUGUGUGUGUGUGUGUGUGUGUUUAGUUAGUUUCAAGAUGAACCUAUUGGUAGGAUAAUGAAGUCUGGAAAUUGAUAUGUUUUUUUGAUAUUAUAUUUUAUCUUAGCAAAAAGGCCGAGAAGUGAUUCCACUAUAAUUGAAUGCUACAUAUGUCUUAACAUGAUAACGUCUAGAAUGUAUGUGUAAAUAUAUUGAGUUGAAUCAGAUAAUAAAGAUGAAUUGAAUUAUGACUUUA